AUGCAAACAAAACACAUGAAGUCUUAUUCCGCUCACAGGGUUGUUUUGAAGGGAGACACGGUUGAAAUGAAUGCAAAUGCUCUAGGGUUGACCAUGGAGAGCAAUGGAAUAAGAAUUUUGGAGCCAUUUGAUACCUCUGUUAAAUUUUCUAAUGCUUCUGGAAAGACAAACAUACAGUUGGCUGUCUCAGACAUAUUCAUCAAUUUUUCAUUCAGUAUCUUGAGACUGUUUUUAGCGGUUGAAGAGGAUAUUCUGUCAUUUUUGAGGAUGAGAACAGAGAAAAUGACUGUUUUGUGCUCUGAGUUCGAUAGAGUUGGAACUAUCAAAAAUCCUGACAAUGGCCAAAUAUAUGCAUUUUGGAGACCUCGGGCUCCAACUGGUUUUGCUGUACUUGGUGACUACUUGACGCCAAUUGACAAGCCACCAACAAAAGGAGUAAUUGCUGUUAAUACCAGCUUUAUGAGAGUGAAGAGACCUAAAUCUUUCACUUUAGUUUGGCCCCCUUCAUCAUCUGAUGGAUUGGUGGCUGCAGAUAAAACUGGGGUUGAAGGAGAUGGAAUCUGUUCGAUUUGGUUCCCUGAAGCCCCAAAGGGUUAUGUGGCAUUGGGCUGUGUGGUUUCUCCAGGAAGGAAAGAGCCACCAAUUUCUUCAGUGUUCUGCAUCUUGGCAACGUUGGUUUCUCCAUGUGGCCUUAGAGAUUGUAUUAGUAUUGACUCAAGCAGUCGACUUUCCAAUUUGGCAUUUUGGCGAGUCGAAAAUGCUGUUGGUACAUUCUUGCCUGCUGAUCCAAUCACUUUGAGCCUGACUCAGAAAGCAUAUGAAUUGCGACGUAUAUAUUUUGGAUUUCCUGAAAUUUCUCCAGAAAAACUUAAGAGUUCAAAGAUCGAGGGAUUUCCUUCUGGUGUUGAUUAUAGCACACAAACAGAAAGGUCAUCAAUUGUAAAUUCCAGGCGUUUUGAAACAGUUGCUAGUUUCCAUUUAAUCUGGUGGAAUCAAGGUUGGGGAUCAAGAAAGAAAUUAUCCAUAUGGCGUCCUGUAAUCCCUCAAGGGAUGGUAUACUUUGGAGAUAUUGCAGUUCAAGGGUACGAGACUCCUGAUACAUGCAUUGUUCUUCACGAUUCAGAAGAUUCUAAGCUGUAUAAAGCUCCUUUAGAUUUUCAACGUGUAGGACAUAUAAAGAAACAUAGUGGAAAAGAUGACAUAUCCUUUUGGAUGCCUCAGGCUCCACCUGGUUUUGUGUCCUUAGGAUGUGUUGCUUGCAAGGGUACGCCAAAGCUAUCUGAUUUCAGCUCUCUAAGAUGUAUCCGCAGUGAUAUGGUCACUGCAGGUCAAUUUUUAGAGGAAAGUAUAUGGGACACAUCUGAUUCCACGUUUUCUAAGGAACCAUUUAGUAUAUGGACAGUUGACAAUGACUUGGGAACCUUUAUUAUCCGCAGUGGUUUGAAGAAACCUCCGAAAAGGUUUGCUUUGAAACUUGUUGAUUCAGACAUACCAAGUGGCUCAGACAAUACUGUGAUUGAUGCUGAAAUAAGAACAUUUUCUGCAGCACUUUUUGACGACUAUGGCGGCUUGGUAAUUAUACCUGCUUCUUUUUCAUUGUGAAACUUCUAUUUACCU